AUGGACUCAUCCGUCCGUCGAUCUCCCAACACCCCGAACGAUGACCGCUCAGCCCUCCGCGACCUUCUCAAAUCUCGUCAACGGGACCGCAAAGGCGUCCGUGGUAACCCUAAGUCAUGUAUACCGUGCCGCGAAAGAAAGGUCAAAUGCGACAAGGAGUUGCCGUGUUCGACCUGCGACAAACGGGGACACCCGGAUCUAUGCAACUAUGAAAGUUCUACAAGACAGUCGCUCGGUAUCCCGCAGUCGCCAGCACGAUCGGCAAGAAGAACUUCUGUAGUCAUUCCAACUUCAAACAGAUCUCAAGAACUCGAGAAAACAGACGCGAUCAGCUUUGAUAUCGUCGAGGAACGUGUAGGAGACCUCGUCCCUGGCACAGAAGCCCAAAACAGGCCCACUCCACAUAUAUCGACAACGUCGAAUAAUGCAUCCACUGCGCGAGAAGAUGGCGAUCGACUAUUCCUAGCCGAUAGUUCGGUGAUAGGCAUGAUCAGACGGCGCUCAAUCCGGUCUAGAGAUGAUCCAGCUCGACAAUCUGCUUUCGAAACAGGCAUACUACCUCUUCUUGGCGUCAAUGAAGAAGUGAACACGUCUGUAUCAUCUUAUCAGUCUCUACCAAGCGACCAAGAGAUAGUCAGAUUGUUUGAACUCUUUCGCCGUCGAGUCCACCCCUUUCACGUCAUAACCUUUAAUUUAGAUACCAUCGAGCAACGAAUUUGUCAACUAAUCAAUGCAAGGAGAGGAUCAGACCUUGGCUCCGAGUCGUUUGAAGAUCCUAGGUGGCUGUCUCUACUUCACGCUAUCAUGGCGGCUGGAGCUCAAUUUUCCGAUAUGAAUUUGCAAGACCGUCUUGCAGUGUCUCAACGGCAUACCAAGCAGUCAUUUGAUCUCCUACGGUCAACAGAUUAUCUCGCGAAUCCAUCCAAGGAGGCCGUCCAGACACUCCUUCUCUUAGGGAAUGUGCUUCAAAAUGAUAUGAAACCUCAGGCGGCUUGGGUUCUUGGGGGCACAACAAUCCGCCUCGCGCAAUGCCUCGGUCUUCACAAGAAGACAGCCCGCCCGCCAAAAUCUCCGCUCACAGAUGAAGACGCAAAGUGUUUGAGAUUAGCAAUUGUUUGGCAAGAUGCCCUCCUCGCGCUCGCUUUUGGUCGCCCACCAGCCUCCUAUGAGUUGGAUUUUGAAAGCGACUUGCCUCAGCUCUCAGAGUCUAGCGAGAAUUCGGGUCUAUCCUACCUCCAAGCUAUGAGCUGGCUAUGUCAUGUCACAUUGCGCCAUCUCUCGUCUCAUUUGCAGUCGUCACUCGGGCCAGUUUCGGUACUCGACGGCAUCAAAUCCAUCGAAGCCUCUCUUUCGCCCCACUUAAUCGAUCCCACGAGAAGUACGGCAAUACCACAGAUUCAAGAACACUACGCUUUCGAACUUCACCGACAUUUUGUCAUGGCUACUCUUUGUCGCCCGUUCGUAUCGAGGAGUGGAUCAACAGGGCUCAGUGAAAGUGACAGGUCGAACGUCCUCGAGCACUUUCGAGAAUCUCUCAAGCGCAGCGUCCGGGCUUAUGUUCGGUUGAGGUCAAUCGCGGGACAUGCUAGGCGUUCUUGGGCCUUUACACAUAAUGGGCUAACGUCGGUUCUUCUCUUGAGCUUAAUGCGAGAGACUAGGUAUCUUGCCGAGACCAGAACCCUUCAGGACGAGCUCAUUGCAAGUCUUUCAGAGGAAGGUAACUCCGCCUUGCUCACAGACCCCGAUACCAACGCACAGCUUUCAGGCACUCUCCAUAAGGCCUUGAAGGCUCUGCGGACUCUUCGAGCAUUGACGGAGCGUGACGUCAGUUCGCGUGGCUCAAACCAGGAGCAAAGCGACCAAGACAUUCCAACUCCUGGCCAUAUGCCCACCGUCGGCGAAAGGCCUGCAAUAGGCCAAGAUAAUGCGUUUCGGGUCACGGAGCAAGCUGACUUUUGGGACAUGGGCGACGCUCAGUGGGAAUUUCCCAUCGAUUUCGACAUGUCCCCACUGGGCGCGUUUGACUACAUCAUGUCGGAUCAAAAUUAUGACAACAAUUCAUUUCUGCCCAAUCUAGUGUGA